AUGAGCAAGUACGCCAACGUCUGGACAACCCUCGGAGAUAUCGACAUCGACCACAAGUCUCCUCAACGUCGUCGCGAGGUGCUGGAUGACUUGGCAAUCGAUGUUGGAGAAAAGUACCUUGACGACAUUUAUAAGGAAGAUACAGACGGUGCGGACGAGAACAAAGCGGCAGAACAGGUUCGACAUCACUUGGCCGCGUCUUCGAUCAAUGGCCACGAGGUAGGACACAAAGAACGAGUCCGGACAGAGAAGGAGUUAGCGUGGCUGAAGGUGAGACAGCUCCUGAUCGAAGAAGAAGAGAAGGCCUCGACACACGAGCGACGACACGCGAAGAGCAUCAGUCGAUCCGCGGAACGCUCUGCUGUUCGUAGCGAAGCAAGUGACGGUAAGAGCUGCAAUACCGUUAGGCUUUUGGAUUCCAUGGCGGCGUACACGCCCCAGCCACCCCAACUCCUCUCGCUCAACAGCAACAGGUCACGCCCUGAAGUGGAAGUCCAGCCACCGCAGACAUUUGCGAGUAAACUCGCCCAAUUUCUAGGCGCAGGAUCCGUCUUAGACAGCGAGAGUACCAGCUCGAAAUCGUCGCGUUCUUUGCCCGGAUACAGCGGCAACUCGCCUACCCGAUGGCAGCUCUUGGCGACGCUAGAACAGGUGACCAAAACCUGUCAAAGAAUGGAACUGUCUGAGGCAACGAUGGCUCGAGUGUCAGAGCAUUUAAACUCGAUCGAUCAGGUCGUGCGGGAGGAUUUGAGUACCAACCAGAGCAGGAGUCGUCGACUCUCUAGCACACAGGCAUCCAACGGCUCGACCGAUUCACUCGACACGUAUUCCGUGGUAGAUAUACCGCCCUCGUACCCUCAAACUGACGUGGCGCCAACCGUUCGCGAGUCUUUCAAAGCCUUCGCUUCCGGUCAAGACCUGCGCGACACGUUGGCCGCAUUCAACAAUUUGCUGGCCGAUUGUUGUCUCGAUGGCGUGAAGUUGCAGGAGCCGUGGCACGUGUACUACCACAUCCGAGACGCCGUUUACAGCAAGCUCAGUUUCCGCCACAAACAGCUCUUCAAGCUCCUACACGUGCGAUUCAGUCUGGACGUAUUCAAACGACGUCCUUGCGCUAACAAACGCGUAUGUAUCGUCGGUGCCGGCCCCGUGGGGCUGCGCGCCGCAAUUGAGCUGGCACUACUCGGUGGCAAAGUGACAGUCCUCGAGAAACGGACCAAGUUCAGUCGAGAAAAUAUGCUCCACCUGUGGCCGUGGGUCGUCCAAGAUCUGGCGUCUCUAGGAGCGAAAGUUCUGUUCAAGAACUUCUGCAAAUCCCGGACGUAUUUCCACGUGAGCACACGACAGCUGCAGGUGGUUCUACUCAAGGUGGCUCUAUUAGUGGGCGUCAAAGUCUACUCUGCUACAGGCUUCAAGUCGAUAGUUUCGCCAGAGGAGAACGUUGGCAACCCGUUCUACAGUAUCAAGACAGAGCCUCAGAUCCCAGUCGCAGAGUACACGGCGGUGCUCGGUGCGACCGGGACGAACGACCUGGUCGCGGAGUCUGCAGGUAUCACGCGCUUCGUAUUCUCUCGGAACGAAUCUCUGGGUAUCGUGUGCUACUUCCCGAACCUGGAGACGACGGACGAACUGAAGACGAAGGAGUUUUCGUGGACCACUCGACUCAAACAUCACAUGUUAGACAAGAUGCGCGACGUCGGCAUUGAUCUCGAGAACGUCGUGUACUUUCGAGGAGAUAUGCACUAUCUGGUCAUGACGCCAAAGCGUCAGAACCUGCUGACCCAUGAUGUGGUGAAGCAAAACUAUGCAGACGCGAAAGAUCUGGUGCGGAAGGAGAACGUCAACCAUGAUGCGCUCAAUGUGUUUGUCAAGAAUAUCGUCAGGUUUGCGGGUAUCACUCGAAAGACGGACUUCACGAGGGUAAAUCUCAUCGACUUUAGCCAGCUGACACGAGCUGAUAAGGCUGCAAAUAUCUUGGCAUCGCAUGGUAAAAAGCUCUACGUUGGGCUCGUCGGUGACUCGCUGUUGGAGCCUGUGUGGCACGAGGGUGUUGGUACUUGCCGAGGGUUCCUGAGUGCGCUGGAUGGCGCCUGGAUGAUUGCUCGUAUCGGAAGAAAGACAGACGAACAGCUACUCGCAGAACGACAUUUUGCUUACCAGGUGAUGCAGCGUCUCUCCGGCCACCACCGUGAUGAGAUGCAGAAGAAUGUGAGGAAGUACACAGUGAAUCCGAAGACGCGUUAUACCUGUAAAGUCGACUUCCGUGGCUGAGCAAUACGUGUCAGCCAAAUGAGUCGGCCACGUAGUGACAAGGUGUGGGAAGUAAGCUCAGAC